AUGAGCGGGCUCAUCUCUUCUUUGCUGAUCGGACCCGUCGUUCGGCAAGCCCGCCGCCUUUCUCACCCGACUCACACUCACCCGCCCUCCGACCAUGACCAAGUGGCACCCUCCCCAAACACCCAAGACGGGUCCUUCUCCGCAAGCAACUGCAGCAGAAAUGGCAACGGGUGUGGCAUUAUGUCGGAUCUAGAGGACACGACCCGCUCGGAUACGCAAUCACCUGAGAAAUACUCGGGACAGGACACUGGCCCCUCGGCAUCACCGUCAUUUGACGUGGGCAAUGAACAUCAUGAAAGCGACUAUCCCGCCUCCCAGCAUAGUAGGCAUGAUUCCGGAAAUACCUCCUUAACAUUUAUGGAUGUCCGACCGGACCCCCUAGACCGAAGCCACUCUCCCGAAUUGGAACGAGUUGCCUCCGCUCCUCUCUCUUCGCAAACCCCCCCUGGGCAAAGAGGCCCGGACUCCGGAGAGCCGGGGCAGAAUCUAGACGACCGCUUCUAUCUGUAUGACAGCGGCGGACAAAGCUUGCUCCCUGAAGAUGAUGGGAUGGGUAUAUUAAGGGAAAAGAUCCACGCCAUAAGGGACUUGCAUUGCGGCAGCGCAGAGAAAGCACGCAUGAUCCAUGAGUUGAUGACGGCGGACUACAAUUCUUCCCAAGAAGAUCAUGGCAAUCAAUCAUCUCAAAUACCACUAUCACCCUCCAGUCCACGAAGUCCGGAACGAGCUGGCACCCCCGCCUCUCGUUGGAGUCGGCAGUCGUUUGACCAGCUACCUUCAACUCCGGAUUCCACGACAACAACGCCGGUCGUCCCCGAGGGAAUUAGAUAUAAUCUGACAGAACACGAUUUAAGGCCAACCUUUCACCCAAAGACUGACCCAGAUGCGCUUCUGGGUGAUGUGGAGGAUGUGGAUUCUGAGGAGCUAGAGGAAGCUUGCUUGGGAUGUCCGCAUUACAAAAGAAACGUUAAGUUGCAGUGUUUCUCUUGUAAAAAGUGGUAUACUUGUCGGUUUUGCCAUGACGAGGUUGAAGAUCAUCAUCUUGACCGGCCCAAAACUGAGAACAUGCUGUGCAUGUUUACUAUUGCAACACUUGCAAACUAUGGGAUAACGACAGCAGCAAGAGUAUCUACCAUUGCAAUGAUUGUGGAAUCUGCCGUAUCGGUCAAGGCCUGGGUAAAGACUUUUUCCACUGCAAGUCAGCCUAUGCCGGCGGAGUUCAAGAACACCAGAGCGCUUGUAUACUGCAAUGAUUGCGGCGUAAAGUCAGUUGUGAAGUAUCACUGGCUGGGUCUAAGAUGCGAUAUGUGCGAAUCGUACAAUACCGCGCAAAUAAAACUCGUGCAGAGUGAUGCACAGGAUCCAUUAGAGCAGGAAGAUGGCAACGGUCAUGUCGAUUGGCCUCGAUUGAGGUCAUCUACGCAGAAUGCUGACGACGCCAUUGUAUCAACACUAGCGUCCCUCCGAGUUGAAACCAGUUCCGUCUCGGGAGCAAGUCAAAACUCGCGGCUCAGUGCACCUUCUUCCGCCGAGCCCAACGGGCGGUUUUCAUCGUACAGUCUCGCGCGUGGUCGCACGGUGUCGCCGGUGAUCAGUAAUUAUUUCGGGAUACCUCCUGACCGCGGACCCGAAAGGUCUAUUUCGACGUCAUUGUUCGGCGGGCAGGCAUCUCAAGGUCAAGAAGAGCCCGAUACCAAUGAGCUACGAUUUUGGGGCAAAAAAUUUAAAUAUGGAUAUGGUCUACUUGGUCAUGAGAAAGAAUCGAUCGACGACGCGUCAGAUGGCGAUAGCGGAGAAGACGAAAGUACAUCAGCGGAUAGUGCCUCGGAAGACGAGAACGAGAGAGCGGAAGACGAGGAGGACGAAGACGAUGACGAGGGGAUUGAUAUAUUCGGGCAUCGAUGA